GAGUGUGCACCACUGGUAUUUUAAUUACUGAGGCAAAGCAAAGUUAGUAGUUGGAGGAGUGUGGUGUAAUGCCAGAGAGGUGUGUUAUUUUCCCUCCAACCAUUCAGAUUUCAAUAACUAACUGCAUUUAUUUCAUUUCCAUCUUCCUUUGUUUUCGCUGCCUGCAUCUUCCCCUCUUAUUUUUGGGGUCAAUUAUAUAUCCGCUAUCAACUGCUGCAUUACCCAACAAACCAAUCUCACUUGGAUACAAUCCACAGGGUUUUCACUCUCAUGGACCUUCCGCUUCUCAGGAACUCUCCCCAAUUUUCUUCAAGAAAAAGAAAAUACCUUCUCCUAUUUGCCUUCUUCGGUGCCUCCGGUUACGCCGCCUAUAGGGCUUACAAUUCACCCUAUGUAGCUCAAAAACGCCACCGUAUUGCCAAGCUCCUCAGAACCUUCGUUACCGUCGCCGAGUUAAUUUCCGAUUCUGCACACUCCCUCACCGUUAUCUCUAACGACGUGCACCAAUUCCUCGCUUCUGAUUCCGACGAGAUCCCCACCAGUUUGAAGCAAUUAGCGAAAAUCGCCAAAUCGAAGGAAUUCUCAACGUCGCUGGCUAGGGUUUCCGAGGCUGUGACGAUUGGAAUUUUGUUAGGGUAUAACUCACGUGCGGGUAAUGAUAAUAACGGUAUUGCUCCCUUGGAAAUCACCGCGGAAGCUUCUAAAUUCUCUGAUAGGGUGUUAGAGAAGCUAUUCUCGAAGGCUGGGACGGGUUUUGCGUCCGUUGUGGUCGGGAGCUUUGCGAGGAACUUGGUUUUGGGUUUCUAUGGUGCCGAAUCAACGGGGGAGAGGUCUCAAUCGGGGGUUCCUAGAUGGGUGAAUGCCAUUUAUGAUGAGAGGUGUGGCAAGUUUAUUGGGGAUUGUGUGCAGAUUUUUGUGAGCACUGCGGUUGCUGUUUUUCUUGAUAAGACGAUGAAUGUCAAUACCUAUGAUGAAAUGUUUGCGGGGUUGUCGAAUCCCAGGCAUCAGGAGAAGGUGAAGGAGAUUUUAGUUUCCAUGGUUAAUGGGGCUGUUGAGACCUUUGUCAGAACUUCGCACCAUGUUUUGUCUAACCGGAGUGAGAGGUUGAAUUCGGGUUUAUCUAUGUCUUCUGUUGUUGUUCCAGCAAGUGAAGACGGGUGCCUGAAACAGGAGGUUUUUCUGCGGCAGGUCAGGAUUGGAAGCUCGGUUGGGGGGGCUCAGGAUGUUGGGUGGCUUGAACAGAUUAAGUCAACGCUAGCGGUGCCGGCUAACCGAAGGUUUGUGCUUGAUGUCACGGGGAGGGUAACGCUUGAAACGGUGAGGUCAUUUGUGGCGUUUUUGAUGUGGAGAAUAACGGAUGGAUUCAAAAGUAGUGUUUGUAAGGUUCAUGAUGAGGUAGUGAACAAAGGACUAGAAGUGGUUAGAUAUAUUGCAGCCAAGUCAUCGGUUAUUUUUACCUUGUGCCUUGCUUUGUAUUUGCAUAUUGUGGGUGGUAGUAGGAUUGUUUUUCCUGCUUAGUAUGAUGUUUCAGCCUACCUCUUAAUUGUAAUGCAGUUGGAAUAUAAUGCAGAAAAAUCGGAUCUUUCAGUUAGGCAGCAUAUAUAUGUUUCCAGCUUUCCUUUCUCUAUAAAGUUUAGAUUUAGCAGAUUUGACUCUCUGCAACUGCCAUUGGAAGUGGCUGUCGGGUUUGUAUCUGACUAAUUUUCAGAUUGCUGAUGUUGUCAGGUGAGUUUAGCCUUCUCUUAUCCUCGAGCAGCAAACUUGGUUUUGUCACUUACUGGAUGAUCGACUAACUGCGUGCUUAAUGUACCCUAAUACAUUUUUCUCUAAAAGGAACAUCUCAUGCACAAGCUUGCUUUACAUCCUUUACAUUGUUGUUAAUAUUAUUAAUCAUUACUGUUCAGUUUCCUGCAUUCUAUUUCUUGCAAUGGUUUCUUUAGGAUUAGAUUAAGAAGUCAUAUCAUGAGAGAACUCUUACAUUUAAUUACUUCUGCUGAAUGGUUUCUUUUUUAUUUGAUUAAGAAGUCCUAUCAUUAAAGAACUCUUAAUUUAAUUAGUUCUGUUGAAUCAGCGAUACUCUCUACGAGUCACGAGCAGUAUACUAUCACUGUUUUGUCUAGGUAUGGCAAUUAAAUCUUAACCCAUGACCAUUCAUAUAUGAUCCUGCCCUGAUUUUGAUGGAGAAAAUAUGCUUUGACUGAGUAUGUUCAUGUUUUUUCCAAUUUGCAAUAGUGGCAUGGGUAUGUUUAUGUAUCUAUCUGCACCUGAACCCACCUUAAAGUCACACAUGUGGAUGGUGUACUGCGUGAGAGAUGAGAAGUACGAAGGUGCGGUGUCGAUUUACUAUUCUCGCCUUUGAUUCUUUCUCACUAUUUCUGAGACACUACACAUGCAUAUGAUCUCUCAAUCUUAUUUCUUAUCAUGGUUGAAAAGCAUUAUAA